CCUUCCGGACCGUGCGCAUAGACGCGCGCAGCUCCAGCAGAGCGCAGGAGAACCGUUGUGCUGGGGCAAAACCCCCGGGGUUAAACUCAACAGUGUUUGCGCUGCAACAAUGUAAGAAACUAAAACAUCUUUGUAAAAUACAAACUCCAGCUGGACCAGAGUGGAUGUUUCACUUCAGUGCAAACUUUUUUGUUGUUGUUGCUUUGGGACAAGGAGAAUCUUAAGAUAAACAUGGCAAAGUUGUCCAGUCGGCGCCUCUCCUUGGAGCGCAGGAUACGCACGGCCGCUCUGGCGCUCCUGCUUUACGCACAGACCGCCUUUGGCUUCUCAGUCGCCGGACAACAGGAGAGCACCUGUGAGGCCAACGGCAGCGUCUACUACGUCGGGGAAUGGUAUUUUCUGGACUCGGACCACUGCACCCAGUGUGAGUGCACUACCGAGGGCUCCGCGUGUGCCCGCACUGAGUGCACCUCCCUCCCGGCUGCGUGCAUCCAUGUCAGCCACUACCCCACCGACUGCUGCCCCAGGUGCGAGAAGAUCGGCUGCGAGUACCGGGGAGUGGUGUACGAACUGGGGCAGAAUUUCGAGCCUUCAGGAUGUGAGCAUUGCAAGUGCGAAAGUGACGGAAUCGCCCGCUGUAUAGUUGCAGACUGUGCUCCUCCCCCAUGUGUCAACCCCGUCUAUGACCCGGGGAAAUGCUGCCCUGAGUGCAAGGAGGGUCCUAACUGCUACGCUGAUGCCUCACGUGGUAAGGUGAUUCCUGCAGGAGAGCCCGUCUGGGUCGACCCGUGUACCAAGUGUCGCUGUCAUGAUGGGCAGGAUGCCAGCUACUGGGAGGGAAACCGCCUCGCCACCUGCUCCCGCCUGAAAAACUGCACACCAGAACAACCUUCCAUCCAGCAAAACUGAUUCACUCUGUCAGCAAAGAGUGUUGAAAUGCUGUCUCCUCAAAGCCGACAUCAGCCCGUGGUAAAACUUCUGUGUCAGGGAACGUGUCGAACUCUUCUCUGCAGCUAAAAACGUCAGCUUAAAUAUAGAGAUGUGAUGGAUCAUCUGGAACCACAGAGAAUUGUUGGCAACAGCAACAACUUUAAGGCUUUAAGCUCAGCUGCCAUUCCACAAAAAUAAUCCGUCCAAUAUUUUCAUGGCGCCGAUAAUGCGACCCAGUGAAUGGACCACCAUCUUUUUCCUUAUCUGAUCUGUGUUACGAUGACCACACCUGGAGGUCAGAGCUCCAGACUGACAGCACGUCACUGCAAAUCUGCAAAACCAGUGUCAACAAAGACAGGUCCAGAAUUUAUAUUUAAAGCUGUGGCCUCACUAUGUUGUUACUGUGUGCUUCCAUGGUGCAUUUCACUAAAUACAUAUAUAUUAAUUCAGAGUUUCUCAAUCCUGGUCCAGGGGACCCACUGCCCUCCAUGUUUUAGAUGUUUCCUUGUUCCAAAAUACCUUAUUAAAAUAAAUGGGUUGUACUGCCCUUGUAGCGUGUGAACUUAGCUAGACAGCCAGCUCACAUUGAAGUCCUCCAAGAAAUACACAAGGCGUGACAUUUUUUUGCCUUUACUGUGGUAACUGUCUUACACAUGACUUUUUGUUGAUUUUGUUUUGUCAAAAAAUUACAGCAAAAACACAAAUGAGCAUACAAAACAUAAAAUAUUCUGUGCAGCUACAACCUGCAGGUGAAUCAAUAAAAUUAGCUUAGCUAGUACUGCAAUCUGAGUAGUGAAUAAACAAGUUUUCUGACUAUGUUUAACACAAAUACAGGGCUGUGGGUCCCUGGGACCAGGACUGAGGAACCCUUUAUUAGUAACUGCAGACUUAACCCCAAGACCAACAGACAAGUCCUGGUUAGUACCAGUAGAGGGUUACUAGUGGAGGAUCAACAAAGUCCAACAGAGUAGAAUGGUGUAUUUGUCUGGUUUGAUAUGAAGUAAAGCCAAGGAAGUAAGAUGGAAGUAGCAUUUAACCACCACCGGUUUUGUAAAAUAUGUUCCCAUUUAGAGGAAAAUAAUCAAGUGGACACGAGUGUGAUUGACAGCAAGUAUCACCCAAUAGGAGACUCAAAAAACGACAUAGUGCAUAGUACAAAUGACAAAUCACGAGGCUUCAAAAUGGUAAUGUGUUUUUCAUGGGCCCUUGACAGGUUAAAAAGAACAGAUAAGAUUUCGUAGUAGACAGGAAGAUGAAUGGUAGCCUUUAAAAACAAAAACUGUGAAAAGAUGACCUUAGAUGCAGGAAAAACAGCAGCCCAUUAUUACUUCUGAGGAGGAAUAUAAUAAAACAUAUCUAAUAGAAACCAGCAACAGCACUUCUGUUUCAGUUUGGACGGUAAAUCUGCUCCAGAUAUUUGCUUUUUAACAUUCUAUCUUGUAGACGGUUAUACGUCAACAAGGUUAGCUACAGGAGAUCAAUAGAGUUUUUAGAUGUUGUAUAUAAAAAAACCCUGAGGCUAUGUUUGUUUUGAAUUUCAAACAGACCUGCGGUGGUAAACGAUGGCCACAACAAAGCCGAUGAGAGUAUAUUGGCCGUUAAGGAAAUGUAAUUGACCUGUCACAGGUUGAUGCAGCAGCAAAAUGUAUGCACAGCUGUGAUGCAAUUUAGAGUAGAAAAAUGUCACGGCCGGAGCGAUAAAUAAUUUGUAACUGCUCUGUAAAUUUGAAAGUUCAAUUUCCAUGCUAACUGAAACAAAAUGAACGAGACUCUGGCCUGAGACAUUAUAGCAGACAUAUAGGGACUGUACAGUAGUUGUUGACACGGGCAACAGACAUUGUAAACAAGUGUUUUGAUUGUUAUUUUGUGCAGGUGCACUGUUGAGUUACUGCAUUUCUUUUUUUUUAUACAGUAUAUUUUAUAUAAGUCUAUAUAACAUUCUGCUUUAUAGGAGUAAAAUGAUCUUUUAUAACAUCCAAAAUCAAAGUGCUUAAUGACACACAGCAUGAAGUAUAUCCUCGUUUUAUAUGCAGCUGAUUUUCCUACAAUAAUAAAGUUGUUAUCAUCUUUAACUUUGAUGAUAAGGGAACUUUGAAUGGAAAAUAAUUGAGUUACAGUAUGUGUUAAUGCACAGUGUAAGCUGCCUCUGCAUGAAGAACACCUGCUGUUACAGCUCACAAGUUUAACAUCCUGAAAUCUCCAUGAAAAUAUGUUUUUAACGCAACAUUUGGCUUUAACUGCUUACAUCACCUUUUUUUUUUCUUCCCCCAGACGACUUUGUGGAGGAAAUCAUACGGAACAAACACCGUGAGAAUAUAAAUGAACGGCACAUGAAGGGCUUUUCCGCCACAGACAUCAUGUAAAUUCAUGUUAGACAAGUUAAAUGCUGAGAUUGCGAGUAUUAACACUACUUAGCUGUAAAUAAUCUUCCGUGCAAACAUAGAAACAUAGUGUCGUGUAGCAUGAGAGUGGCUUCACUCUUGUACCAAAGACCAUUUUUUAAAGCUCCACUGUGUAACUUCUGACCCCAGUUUCCAGUUUUGACCUAGAGUUUCCUUUUUUGUCCAAAUUCCAACUGUUCUCUUUCAACAUUUGCUUCAGUAUCUCACUACAUCACUCAUGUUUCAGAGAACAAGGUUAAUUCCUUAACCUACAGUCCGCUGCCAUCUGGCCACAUUGCUAUAGCUACUCUAUAGUUAUGCUGUGUUCACACUGGACGCAGCGC